AGUGGUGACAACUGCUGGGUGCCAAUAACCCCAGAAAAUUCUGACUCCCCCCAACGAUCAUAUCAUCCCGUUUAUAAACCCUACAAACCCCCUUAUUUUUCCACGAAAUUCUCUCAGUUGACAACUGAUUCUCCUAUGCCAUGGUACAACAAAACAAUUGCUGGGUGCCAAUAACCCCAGAAACCCCAGAAAAGCCGCGUUCGAGUAUCGUUAAUUUUAGCUAUGGGACUUCAACCACCCGGUACGAACCCGGUCGUAAUCUUCCUUGUACGGAGUUUCUUGCUGGUCCGGCUAAUGGUGCAUCCGUAAUUGAGGAAAGUAUGGAGAAUCUUGUCGGAUGGGCUAAUGGUGCAUCCGUAAUUGGGGCGAGUACAGAGAAUCUUGCAGGCUGGGCUAAUGAUCCAACUGUAAUUGGAGCGAGUUCGGAGAAUCUUGCCGGCUGGGCUAAUUUUGCAAGUGUAAUUGGAGUGACUACGGAGAGUCUUGUUGACUUGGUUAAUGGUGCAAGUGCAAUUGGGGCGAGUAUGGCAGAUAAUUUUACCGGCUGGGCUAAUGGUGGUGCAAGUGUAAUUGGAGCGAGUACGGAGAAUCUUGCUGGCUGGGCUAAUGGUGGUGGAAGUGUAAUUGGAGCGAGUACUGAGAAUCUUGCUGGCUGGGCUAAUGGUGGUGGAAGUGUAAUUGGAGCGAAUCAAUUUGAAUUUCAAAGUGAUCCUAGCGCAAGCAUUGCUCAGGAGCCUCUUCUUCGUGAGGAGAAGAAAUCAAAAAAUAAAAGACAAAAAGUCGCAAUGGAUUUGAACAAGAAGCCUGGGGAGAAACGGAAAUUCAAAUAUUUUUGGCCAAAAAUUGAUGAUUCAAGGGCGCAGACCCCUAAGCCUAAAACUCCCAAGCAAGUGACACCCAAGGUUAAAACUCCCAAACAAGUGACUCCUAAGCCUAAAACUCCUAAAACUCCUAAAACUCCUAAGCCUAAAACUCCAAAGCCGGUAAAGAAGAAAGUGACGAAGAAAGAUUUUGACGUAUCUGAAAUACUUGAAAGUAUUCUUCCUGAAACAGAAGAGGCUAACAUAUCUGAAAUACUUGAAAAUGUUCUUCCUGAAGCUUCAAGCUGCAAAAGGGCCUUAAAUUUUAAGGACAUUAGUUUUGUUGAGGAUGGAGGUGUCAAAGUUGUUGAAAAGCAAAGUUUUAAUGAUUUAUCUUGUAAUGGUGGUAAUCAGAAUGAAAAGUCGGAGAAAGAUAAGAGUCAACGAACUUUGAAAGUCUAUCGAAGGAGGAACAAUAGUAAAUGUCUGAAUGAAUGUAGAAAAAUCGGGAAUAAUUUUCUUGAUAGGUGUAAGAAAAAAAGAAAAGGGAGGAGUAACUUAAUCACCAAGGGUAGUAGAAUGAUGUUAUUACCAAUGCAACUGAAGAUCGAUCGAGAUUCAUUUGAUUGUAUUUUUAGUUUAUUAUUUUCACGAAUGAAGUUCAGGAAGAGAAAGAGAUCGGCAAAGAAAUUGGCACCGGUUAGCGAUGUUGUGAAACAACCGGGUGACUUACACACAAUAUCUUGUUGCUCUCCUCCCGACCAUAUAAACAUUCCACAUUUACACAAAACAAGCUUUGAGAGAGAUGAGGUGCUUGUAAAUUUGGACCAAGGUGAAAUUGGAAGUGAUAGAAGUUUACGACUUGCUAUUUGUUCGGUUUUACAAAGUAAAGAAAGUGAAACAAAUUCUCCUUGCUCGACUUCAGAAAGUGAAAAAAGUAAAACAAAGUUAGCGAAGGAGAAGCCGCCAAAGGGUCCUACUAAACGCCAAGAGAAGAAAAAGAUACGCCAGGAGAAGAAAAAGAUUAAGAGUUGUUUGAAGAAGCUUAAAGCUUGGAAUGGGAAAUCAAUGGAGCAGAUUAUAGACCCCCUUGUUGAAUACUUUGAAUCUUUGUCAUUUUAUGAAGACCUAGACUCAAUUGAAAGACUGAGUAUAAUGGUAAAGGGAGAAAAUAAUUUAGCCCUUGUUGCUCAACAACCAAACAAAGAAGCGGAUGGUACUGAAAAACCAUUUGAAGAGACCGAAGAAUUCUGUGAAGAAAGGGAAAUUCUACAAGCAAAGAUGAAUAGAUUCUAUAUGGUAAUGACCAAUUUGCAAGGGCCUAAGGAUUUUGUCAAGUGGAAUGGUUCUGUUUUAGACUCGGUCGUUGGAGUCUUUCUUACGCAGAAUGUAUCAGAUGUCCUCUCAAGUAAUGCGUAUAUGGAAGUGGCAUCACGAUAUCCUAUUAAACCACAAACCAAUGAAGAUGAGGAUUGUGGUAUAGAUUCAGAUAUCUCAAGCAGCCAAGGGAGUACUGGGAGCACUUCAUGCAGUACGAAUGGCCCGAUCAUCGAGUAUCCUGAAGAAGAAGUAGAAGAAAAAGAAGAAACCAAAGCAAGAGAGAAAGAAUAUGAUACUGCUUUGAAGGAUAUGAUAGCGUCCUUGCCUAAUUUACCGGGACCGGGAAAAGAAAAGAAAGGCGAAGAUGCAGAAAAGUUCGAUUGGGAACCCGUACGACUUUAUUUUCUAGGGAAGAGUACUGAAAGGAGUCCAGACACCCAAGAUUCUGUAGAUUGGGAAGCAGUAAGGAAAGCACCAGUUAAGGACAUUGCUAAAGCCAUUGAGCAAAGGGGCCAACAUCGGAUUAUUGCUGGAAAAAUACAGAGAACUCUUAACCGACUAGUCGAUAAACAUGGAACUAUGGAUCUUGAAUGGCUACGUCAAGCCCCAUUUGAAGUAGCAAAGGCAUAUUUACUAAGCUUCUAUGGACUUGGCAUGAAAAGCGUUGAAUGCUUACGACUCUUAACUCUUGGCCAUGAUGCCUUUCCCGUUGAUGUAAAUAUUAGUCGAAUUGCGGUACGUUUAGGUUGGAUUCCCCUCGGAACAUUGCCUAAAGAUACUCCCUUUCAUCUUCUUGAAAAGUACCCGUUAGAAGACGCUAUUCAGGAGUAUCUUUGGUCCAGAAUAUGCAAUAUGGAGCGGAAAAAAUUGUAUAAAAUUCAUUAUCAGUUGAUCACAUUCGGAAAGAUUUUUUGCACGAAGAAAAAUCCCAAUUGUAGAGCAUGUCCAUUCAAGAACGAAUGCAAAUACUAUCAAAGUGUUGUAGAGAGUACAAGAAUGAAACAUCCUCGGUUGACGUGGACUCAAAAUAAAGAGAUAUUAAGGUUGAAGAAGGGUUCUAAAAAGAAUAAGAACAUCCAAAAUCCAUUUGACGUCAAGAAAGAGUCUUUGUUUUUAGCAUCCAGUUCUAAUUCAUCACCAGACAUGUCAAUAUCUUUCCCGAUGUUAAAUCGGACCUUCUCUCAAAAACGUGAUUGUAGCCCUAUCAUUGAGUUUCCUGCCUCUCCAAAGAGGGUUGAAGAACCCGAGCUACCUGAGAUUGAAGAUUCAUUAUUAAACAAUACUAAUGAGGCCGAUGAGGAAAUUAUAGAAGUUGAUAUUGGUACUCAAGAGUUCAAGCAAACAUUCAAGGAUCAAAAUGAAAAGGAAAGUGUAACACUACCUCAUAGUGAUGAUUUGUCAAGAGCUUUGGCUAUCAUAUCUCAAGACGAUUAUAUUCCUCUACCAAAGCACAUUAAUCCUAUUCGAUUGAGGACAGAACAUCAAGUGUACGAGUUGCCGCAUAAUCAUCUUCUUUUGAAAGAUUUUGAGCCACAACGAGGGGGAAUACCCUAUCUUCUCGCCAUAUGGACGACACCAGAUUCAGAUGAAAAGCAUGGUAAUACUCUGGAAUCCGUCAAAGGAACAUUUUUGAUACCUGUUCGAACAGCAAUGAAGGAAUCCUUUCCACUCAAUGGUACCUAUUUUCAAGUUAAUGAGGUUUUUGCUGAUUAUCAAACUAGUGAAUGUCCAAUUGAUGUUCCUACAAGUUGGAUAUGGAUGCAACAGAGACGAACUUUAUAUUGUGGGUAUGGCACAUCGUCAAUAUGUAAAGGUUUAACUACGGCGGAAAUUCAACGUUGUUGUUGGGAAGGUUAUGUAUGUACAAGGGCUUUUGAUCGUAAAAGCCGUGCACCAAAGCCACUAUCGUCUAGAUUCCAUAACCGUCCUCAAGUGAAGGGAAAGUCGCAAGAGGAAGAGGAAGAAUAGAUAUGCGUUUGGAUUGUCAUGAUGAUUGAUGGUGUAUUUCUCUUAGGGCUUGUUAUGUUCAUAUCAACGGUAUUGGUUGUGUAUUCUCUCCAUCUUUUUUUUACUUACAGAGUACUCCACUUAUUAGUGUUCUAUUCUUUAUUGUAUAAAAGAUUAAUUUUUGUAUUUAUCACUUUAGUGUUAAAUAAUCUCAAAUUGAGAGAGUUGAUUGAAAUUUUGAAAUAAGAGGAAGGAAAUUUUGAUUUACUA